AUGUCCAGCAGCUCCUUUGAAAAGAAAAACCGCGGCUUUCUUGGGCCUAGAAGCGAGGCUCUUGCGACAAAUGAACUUCGGGCGCGUGAGGAGCUUCGCCUAGAUAUCGACGGAAAUGGUUUCAACUGGCACGUCUGGGCCGUGGCCGCCUCCGGCUUCUUCACCGACAGCUAUAAUCUCUUUGCGACGAAUGUGAUCCUGCCGUCAAUUGCCUACGUGUAUUGGCAGACGGAUGAAAAUCCGUGGCGCGAGACAUUCAUCAAUGCAAUGACUCUUGGCGGAUCUGCUAUCGGGCAGCUUUUGUUCGGUAUUCUGGCAGACGUGAAAGGAAGAAAUAGUCUGUACGGAGUUGAGCUGGUGAUUGUGAUUUUUUCAACCAUAGGAGUUGCUUCAGCCAGCUCAGGAAUAGGCAACAACAUGUCCAUUCUUGCUUGGUUGGUAGCCUGGAGAUUUGUUAUGGGAAUUGGCAUUGGAGCAGAAUAUCCUUUAUCAGCUGUUAUCUGUUCGGAAUGGUCCUCGACAAAAGCAAGAGCUCGGAUGAUGUCGGCGGUGUUUUUUAUGCAACCUGUAGGUCAACUGCUAGCACAACUUGUUGGGCUCUGGGUAGUCCUUGGGCGGAAGUCACACCUUCAAUCCCACUGUAGCAACGACGAGUCUAACCAGCUGUGUCGCGCCGAAGUCGACCGAAUUUGGCGGAUUGUAACCGGCGUUGGCGCCGCUCCAGCUCUUUUGGCGAUCAUAUUUCGCUUCUUGAUUUGGGAUGCAGGUCUAUACGUCUGGGAAGUCAAACAGGACAUCCCUCGAGCCAUUCGCAAUUCGCAAAAUGUUUAUCCCAACAUCCGGGCGAGAGCCGAAUUAGGGACAGCGCGACUUAUGAGCGGAUGGAACGUGGAGCAGACCGAGGAGGAGUCAAUGCCAAUACAGUUUUCCCGAGAAGACUUGCGAUAUUAUUUCAUUGAGCAGGGCAACUGGAGAUAUUUAGCAGGUACCUCGAUAUGCUGGUUUCUUCUCGACUUCGCGUUUUAUGGACUCGGGAUGAACAAUCCCCGAACCAUAGCAAAGAUAUUCGCGAACGCUCCAGUGAACGAGAACAUCAUCAUCCCGAGCUGGAACACAAAUCCACAAGACCCAGACGCAACCAUAUAUGACACAUUGAAGACAAAUGCGGAGAGGAGCAUAUACACGGUAUGCAUCGCAUCGCUUGCCGGUAGCGCUCUUUUCAUCUUCUUUUCGAACUACAUUCGACGUCGCAAUUGGCUGAUUGGCUCGUUUCUCGUCCAAGGCUUGGUAUUCAUCAUUUCUGGUGGCACUUUCUAUGCAGUCUUCCACAAGGGCAGUCACUUCGAGACGGUGGCCCUCGUUGCAAUAUGUCAUUUUCUAUUCAACUUUGGCGCAAAUACACUUACCUUCAUGAUCCCGGCAGAGAUUUUCCCGUCAACAUAUCGCUGCACCUGCCAUGGAAUAUCAGCUGCUUCUGGAAAGAUUGGCAGCAUUGUCGUCUCACUGGUUUUGCGCAAGGUCGGCGUUGGAAGCGAUCCAAACACAAACGCGUUAGGAUACGUCUUCAUCAUCUUUGGCGUGGUCAUGGCGAUCGGUGCGUUCUUUGCGUGGGCGUGGAUCCCCGAUGUGCAAAAUGGACGCGAAGAGGAGGGAGGCCUAUUCAAGUUCCUUAAGCCUUUGCAAAACAAAACACUAGAAGAGCUUGGAGAAGGUUUGGCGCGAGCAGAUCAAAGCGGGCAACGGAUCGGCUUUCGCAACAAACUCCUGGGGUUGAAAAGAAGAACGUUUCGAAAGGGAUCUGUAUACACUAGCCAUGUUGAGAUGUCAUAA